AUGGUCGGAACAAAGACUCAUUCCACCCGUAAGAGAAUGCUAUCCAAUAUCUACUCCAAGUCCACGCUGCAGACAUCACCUCAUCUACGCUUGGUCUCCAAUGCAGUAAUAUUCGAUUGCUUGCUGCCUAUCAUUCAAGAGUCCGUCAAUUCAAACAAGUCCCUCGAUGUGCAUGAUCUAAAUAUGGGAUUGACCAUGGACUUCGUCUCAUGCUACUUGUUCGGCUUGAAGAACGGUACAAAUCAUCUCCAGGAUCACGAUUACCGCAGGAAAUGGCUUCAUAUGUACUUCUGCCGUAAGCCUUUCGAGUUUUAUCACCAAGAGACGCCGAAGCUACAGGGAUGGCUUAGCUGUGUGGGACUCCGCGUGAUUCCGAAGUACUGUGACGAGGCGAACGAAGUUCUCGAUGCAUGGGCGCUAGAUCUCUGCGGCAGGGCUGCCAAUUGUCUAGAUUCAACCGAUCCUGCUGUUGAGCCUAUCGUCUAUAAGCAGUUGAAACAAAGCCUCGACAAACAAUCUAUAAAAGAGACAGGCUCCAAACAGGAUCCAAAACAGCAGCAAAUCGAUAUCGCUUGUGAGAUGUACGAUCAACUUACAGCUGGCUUUGAGACUAGUGCCGUUGGUCUGACUUACCUUUUCUGGGAGUUAUCCAAGCAUCCAGAAUGGCAGGAGAAGCUUCGACAGGAAUUAUUGACCCUCAACCCGUCGAUCGUGUUCCCCAAAUGCGCAGAUCUCCCUUCGGCAAAAGCGAUUGACAAUCUGCCUAUUCUGGAAGCUAUUGUCACGGAGACAUUGCGACUUCAUGCGCCAAUUCCAGGCAUCCAACCCCGAAUCACUCCUUCUCCAUCUUGUUCUUUGGCGGGUUAUGAUAAUAUUCCUCCCAACAUCCGAGUCAAUGCGCAAGCCUAUUCGCUACAUCGAAACUCGGACGUUUUCCCCAAUCCCGAAAGCUGGCAGCCGAACCGCUGGCUCAAGGAAGAGAACUCGCCCGCCGAACUCGAAGAAAGACGUCGCUGGUUCUGGGCCUUUGGCAGCGGAGGUCGGAUGUGCGUUGGUAGUAAUCUCGCCUUGCAAGAAUCCAAACUCGUCGCCGCGGCGGUAUACACGAAUUUCCGAACCACCAUCAUCAACGAUGAAGACAUUCAAGAAAUAGAUGCUUAUACUGUGCAUCCCAAAGCCGAGAAAUUAAUCUUGAAAUUCCACGCCGUCUAA